GCACCUACUCUCUAGCUGCACCAAUGGUGGAGGACAUGAAGAGUGUGACAAGAAUGUGGAGGAGGAGGCCCAGAAACCAACCAGCUGUGGCAUGAUCACCGAUCCUAACGGUAUCUUCAAGCCUUGCCACUCUGUCGUGCCCCCAAACCAAUACUUUGAAAACUGUGUGUACGACGUGUGUGCAAAUGGAGGUCAGACUGAGGCUCUGUGCCAGGCCAUAGAGAGCUACGCUGAUUUGUGUGCUGCAGCAGGAGUCCCCAUCGCAUGGAGGAAAAACAACACCUUCUGUCCUAUCAAGUGUCCCUCAGGCAGUCAGUACAAUCCAUGUACCUCUGCGUGUCCUCAGCCCAGUUGCCAGGACCCUGCAGGCUCCGGUGGCUCCUGUAAUCAGCCCUGUGUGGAGGGAUGUGUCUGUAAUCCUGGGCUCAUCCUCAGUGGAGACAAAUGUGUCCCGCUCAGUGAGUGUGGAUGCACUGAUGAAGGUGGAAAUUACAGGCCGACAGGAGACACAUGGUUUUCAGAGAAGGACUGUUCAGAGCGCUGUAAGUGUAACGGCAACCACAACAUCACCUGCGAGCCAUGGCAGUGCAGCCCUACACAGGAGUGUAAGGUGGUGGAGGGAGUACUAGGCUGUUACUCUAGAGGAAAUGGAAUCUGCUCAGUAUCUGGUGAUCCUCACUACAACACCUUUGACAAAGUAACCCACCACUACAUGGGGUCUUGCUCCUACACCUUGACCAAACCCUGCAACGUCUCCACCGACUUGCCGUACUUCACCGUGGACACCCAGAAUGAGCACAGAGGAAGUAACAAGAGGGUUUCCUAUGUCAGAGCUGUAGUGAUCAAUGUGAGCGGUGUGACUGUCAUCCUUGGCAAGGGACGCAAAGUCCAGGUCAAUGGGACAGCAGUCGUCCCACCUUUGAAUCCUGCCAAAGGAGUCAAGAUCUACUUAAGUGGAAAGUUUGUCGUCCUGGAGACAGACUUUGGCCUGAGGGUGCGUUUCGAUGGUAACCACCAUGCUGACGUCACCUUGCCGCCCUCCUACAGUGGCCUGCUCUGUGGCAUGUGUGGAAAUUUCAAUAACAAUCCAAGAGACGACAACCUGAAACCAGACCAAACACCAGCCGCUAACACCAAUGAGUUGGGAGACAGCUGGCAGGUUCCUGACCCGCGGCCUGACUGCACCAACGGUGGAGGACAUGAAGAGUGUGACAAGAAUGUGGAGGAGGAGGCCCAGAAACCAACCAGCUGUGGCAUGAUCACCGAUCCUAACGGUAUCUUCAAGCCUUGCCACUCUGUCGUGCCCCCGAACCAAUACUUUGAAAACUGUGUGUACGACGUGUGUGCAAAUGGAGGUCAGACUGAGGCUCUGUGCCAGGCCAUAGAGAGCUACGCUGAUUUGUGUGCUGCAGCAGGAGUCCCCAUCGCAUGGAGGAAAAACAACACCUUCUGUCCUAUCAAGUGUCCCUCAGGCAGUCAGUACAAUCCAUGUACCUCUGCGUGUCCUCAGCCCAGUUGCCAGGACCCUGCAGGCUCCGGUGGCUCCUGUAAUCAGCCCUGUGUGGAGGGAUGUGUCUGUAAUCCUGGGCUCAUCCUCAGUGGAGACAAAUGUGUCCCGCUCAGUGAGUGUGGAUGCACUGAUGAAGGUGGAAAUUACAGGCCGACAGGAGACACUUGGUUCUCAGAGAAGGACUGUUCAGAGCGCUGUAAGUGUAACGGCAACCAUAACAUCACCUGCGAGCCAUGGCAGUGCAGCCCUACACAGGAGUGUAAGGUGGUGGAGGGAGUACUAGGCUGUUACUCGAGAGGAAAUGGAAUCUGCUCAGUAUCUGGUGAUCCUCAUUACAACACCUUUGACAAAGUAACCCACCACUACAUGGGGUCUUGCUCCUACACCUUGACCAAACCCUGCAAUGUCUCCACCGACUUGCCAUACUUCACCGUGGACACCCAGAACGAGCACAGAGGAAGUAACAAGAGGGUUUCCUACGUCAGAGCUGUAGUGAUCAAUGUGAGCGGUGUGACUGUCAUCCUUGGCAAGGGACGCAAAGUCCAGGUCAAUGGGACAGCAGUCGUCCCACCUUUGAAUCCUGCCAAAGGAGUCAAGAUCUACUUAAGUGGAAAGUUUGUCGUCCUGGAGACAGACUUUGGCCUGAGGGUGCGUUUCGAUGGUAACCACCAUGCUGACGUCACCUUGCCGACCUCCUACAGUGGCCUGCUCUGUGGCAUGUGUGGAAAUUUCAAUAACAAUCCAAGAGACGACAACCUGAAACCAGACCAAACACCAGCCGCUAACACCAAUGAGUUGGGAGACAGCUGGCAGGUUCCUGACCCGCGGCCUGACUGCACCAAUGGUGGAGGACAUGAAGAGUGUGACAAGAAUGUGGAGGAGGAGGCCCAGAAACCAACCAGCUGUGGCAUGAUCACCGAUCCUAACGGUAUCUUCAAGCCUUGCCACUCUGUCGUGCCCCCGAACCAAUACUUUGAAAACUGUGUGUACGACGUGUGUGCAAAUGGAGGUCAGACUGAGGCUCUGUGCCAGGCCAUAGAGAGCUACGCUGAUUUGUGUGCUGCAGCAGGAGUCCCCAUCGCAUGGCGGAAAAACAACACCUUCUGUCCUAUCAAGUGUCCCUCAGGCAGUCAGUACAAUCCAUGUACCUCUGCGUGUCCUCAGCCCAGUUGCCAGGACCCUGCAGGCUCCGGUGGCUCCUGUAAUCAGCCCUGUGUGGAGGGAUGUGUCUGUAAUCCUGGGCUCAUCCUCAGUGGAGACAAAUGUGUCCCGCUCAGUGAGUGUGGAUGCACUGAUGAAGGUGGAAAUUACAGGCCGACAGGAGACACAUGGUUUUCAGAGAAGGACUGUUCAGAGCGCUGUAAGUGUAACGGCAACCACAACAUCACCUGCGAGCCAUGGCAGUGCAGCCCUACACAGGAGUGUAAGGUGGUGGAGGGAGUACUAGGCUGUUACUCUAGAGGAAAUGGAAUCUGCUCAGUAUCUGGUGAUCCUCACUACAACACCUUUGACAAAGUAACCCACCACUACAUGGGGUCUUGCUCCUACACCUUGACCAAACCCUGCAACGUCUCCACCGACUUGCCGUACUUCACUGUGGACACCCAGAAUGAGCACAGAGGAAGUAACAAGAGGGUUUCCUAUGUCAGAGCUGUAGUGAUCAAUGUGAGCGGUGUGACUGUCAUCCUUGGCAAGGGACGCAAAGUCCAGGUCAAUGGGACAGCAGUCGUCCCACCUUUGAAUCCUGCCAAAGGAGUCAAGAUCUACUUAAGUGGAAAGUUUGUUGUCCUGGAGACAGACUUUGGCCUGAGGGUGCGUUUCGAUGGUAACCACCAUGCUGACGUCACCUUGCCGACCUCCUACAGUGGCCUGCUCUGUGGCAUGUGUGGAAAUUUCAAUAACAAUCCAAGAGACGACAACCUGAAACCAGACCAAACACCAGCCGCUAACACCAAUGAGUUGGGAGACAGCUGGCAGGUUCCUGACCCGCGGCCUGACUGCACCAACGGUGGAGGACAUGAAGAGUGUGACAAGAAUGUGGAGGAGGAGGCCCAGAAACCAACCAGCUGUGGCAUGAUCACCGAUCCUAACGGUAUCUUCAAGCCUUGCCACUCUGUCGUGCCCCCGAACCAAUACUUUGAAAACUGUGUGUACGACAUGUGUGCAAAUGGAGGUCAGACUGAGGCUCUGUGCCAGGCCAUAGAGAGCUACGCUGAUUUGUGUGCUGCAGCAGGAGUCUCCAUCGCAUGGAGGAAAAACAACACCUUCUGUCCUAUCAAGUGUCCCUCAGGCAGUCAGUACAAUCCAUGUACCUCUGCGUGUCCUCAGCCCAGUUGCCAGGACCCUGCAGGCUCCGGUGGCUCCUGUAAUCAGCCCUGUGUGGAGGGAUGUGUCUGUAAUCCUGGGCUCAUCCUCAGUGGAGACAAAUGUGUCCCGCUCAGUGAGUGUGGAUGCACUGAUGAAGGUGGAAAUUACAGGCCGACAGGAGACACUUGGUUCUCAGAGAAGGACUGUUCAGAGCGCUGUAAGUGUAACGGCAACCAUAACAUCACCUGCGAGCCAUGGCAGUGCAGCCCUACACAGGAGUGUAAGGUGGUGGAGGGAGUACUAGGCUGUUACUCGAGAGGAAAUGGAAUCUGCUCAGUAUCUGGUGAUCCUCACUACAACACCUUUGACAAAGUAACCCACCACUACAUGGGGUCUUGCUCCUACACCUUGACCAAACCCUGCAACGUCUCCACCGACUUGCCGUACUUCACCGUGGACACCCAGAAUGAGCACAGAGGAAGUAACAAGAGGGUUUCCUAUGUCAGAGCUGUAGUGAUCAAUGUGAGCGGUGUGACUGUCAUCCUUGGCAAGGGACGCAAAGUCCAGGUCAAUGGGACAGCAGUCGUCCCACCUUUGAAUCCUGCCAAAGGAGUCAAGAUCUACUUAAGUGGAAAGUUUGUUGUCCUGGAGACAGACUUUGGCCUGAGGGUGCGUUUCGAUGGUAACCACCAUGCUGACGUCACCUUGCCGACCUCCUACAGUGGCCUGCUCUGUGGCAUGUGUGGAAAUUUCAAUAACAAUCCAAGAGACGACAACCUGAAACCAGACCAAACACCAGCCGCUAACACCAAUGAGUUGGGAGACAGCUGGCAGGUUCCUGACCCGCGGCCUGACUGCACCAACGGUGGAGGACAUGAAGAGUGUGACAAGAAUGUGGAGGAGGAGGCCCAGAAACCAACCAGCUGUGGCAUGAUCACCGAUCCUAACGGUAUCUUCAAGCCUUGCCACUCUGUCGUGCCCCCAAACCAAUACUUUGAAAACUGUGUGUACGACGUGUGUGCAACUGGAGGUCAGACUGAGGCUCUGUGCCAGGCCAUAGAGAGCUACGCUGAUUUGUGUGCUGCAGCAGGAGUCCCCAUCGCAUGGAGGAAAAACAACACCUUCUGUCCUAUCAAGUGUCCCUCAGGCAGUCAGUACAAUCCAUGUACUUCUGCGUGUCCUCAGCCCAGUUGCCAGGACCCUGCAGGCUCCGGUGGCUCCUGUAAUCAGCCCUGUGUGGAGGGAUGUGUCUGUAAUCCUGGGCUCAUCCUCAGUGGAGACAAAUGUGUCCCGCUCAGUGAGUGUGGAUGCACUGAUGAAGGUGGAAAUUACAGGCCGACAGGAGACACUUGGUUCUCAGAGAAGGACUGUUCAGAGCGCUGUAAGUGUAACGGCAACCACAACAUCACCUGCGAGCCAUGGCAGUGCAGCCCUACACAGGAGUGUAAGGUGGUGGAGGGAGUACUAGGCUGUUACUCUAGAGGAAAUGGAAUCUGCUCAGUAUCUGGUGAUCCUCACUACAACACCUUUGACAAAGUAACCCACCACUACAUGGGGUCUUGCUCCUACACCUUGACCAAACCCUGCAAUGUCUCCACCGACUUGCCGUACUUCACCGUGGACACCCAGAACGAGCACAGAGGAAGUAGCAAGAGGGUUUCCUACGUCAGAGCUGUAGUGAUCAAUGUGAGCGGUGUGACUGUCAUCCUUGGCAAGGGACGCAAAGUCCAGGUCAAUGGGACAGCAGUUGUCCCACCUUUGAAUCCUGCCAAAGGAGUCAAGAUCUACUUAAGUGGAAAGUUUGUCGUCCUGGAGACAGACUUUGGCCUGAGGGUGCGUUUCGAUGGCAACCACCAUGUUGACGUCACCUUGCCGACCUCCUACAGUGGCCUGCUCUGUGGCAUGUGUGGAAAUUUCAAUAACAAUCCAAGAGACGACAACCUGAAACCAGACCAAACACCAGCCGCUAACACCAAUGAGUUGGGAGACAGCUGGCAGGUUCCUGACCCGCGGCCUGACUGCACCAACGGUGGAGGACAUGAAGAGUGUGACAAGAAUGUGGAGGAGGAGGCCCAGAAACCAACCAGCUGUGGCAUGAUCACCGAUCCUAACGGUAUCUUCAAGCCUUGCCACUCUGUCGUGCCCCCGAACCAAUACUUUGAAAACUGUGUGUACGACAUGUGUGCAACUGGAGGUCAGACUGUGGCUCUGUGCCAGGCCAUAGAGAGCUACGCUGAUUUGUGUGCUGCAGCAGGAGUCCCCAUCGCAUGGAGGAAAAACAACACCUUCUGUCCUAUCAAGUGUCCCUCAGGCAGUCAGUACAAUCCAUGUACCUCUGCGUGUCCUCAGCCCAGUUGCCAGGACCCUGCAGGCUCCGGUGGCUCCUGUAAUCAGCCCUGUGUGGAGGGAUGUGUCUGUAAUCCUGGGCUCAUCCUCAGUGGAGACAAAUGUGUCCCGCUCAGUGAGUGUGGAUGCACUGAUGAAGGUGGAAAUUACAGGCCGACAGGAGACACUUGGUUCUCAGAGAAGGACUGUUCAGAGCGCUGUAAGUGUAACGGCAACCACAACAUCACCUGCGAGCCAUGGCAGUGCAGCCCUGCACAGGAGUGUAAGGUGGUGGAGGGAGUACUAGGCUGUCACUCUACAGGUAAAGGAGUGUGUCAUGUGGCUGGAGAUCCUCACUACUACACCUUUGAUGGCGUGAUGCACACAUUCAUGGGCACCUGCACCUACACUCUGGUGGAGGUAUGCAACAACACCAGGGUCACUCCAUUUAAGAUCGUGGCCAAAAACGAGGAGCGCGGUCAGCCCGAAGCCUCCUACGUUCGCUCCGUCAAAGUCUUCCUGCCCAAUGAUAUUGUGGUUGAGCUACAGAAGAGUCGCAGAGUUUUGCUGAAUGGACGACGGGUGCGAACCCCACUGACCACUGAUGUAGCCAAGGUGAUUACAAGUGGAUCCUACAGUCUGCUGGACACCAACUUUGGUCUACAGGUGAAGUUUGACGGAGUCCAUCACCUGCAGAUAACUGUCCCUGGAGAAUACUUCAACAAGCUUUGUGGCAUGUGUGGAAACUACAACCAUGAUAACACUGAUGACAACCUAAUGCCCAACAAGAAACCUGCCAAGGAUGUGAUUGAACUGGGCAACAGCUGGAAAUCAGAGGGAGACAGUGAUCCUGGCUGUCAGCCAGACACUCGUCCAGACAUCCACCCCAACUGCACUGCAGAGGAGGAGAAGCUCUUUGAGGCUCAGUGUGCUGCCAGCAUCCUGUCAGACCGCUUCAAGCCAUGCCACUCUAAAGUGCCCCCUGAAGCUUUUCUGGGUAACUGCAUCUACGACAUGUGCGAGUACAAUGGCAUGCAGACGACACUGUGCGACAACGUGGAGGCGUAUGCUCAGGCCUGUCAGAGCGCCGGAGUCACCAUCAGCUGGAGGAACUCCACCUUCUGUCCACUGCCCUGCGCCACCAACAGCCACUACUCUGACUGCACCCCGCCAUGCCCCCCAACCUGCUCCGACCUCUUCCCCACCACCUGCCACCUCCCACCAACCACCUGUGUGGCGGGCUGCCAGUGCGACGCUGGCUUUGUGCUCAGUGACAACAACUGUGUUGCCCUGGAUAGAUGUGGCUGUCUGGACUCAGAUGGAGAGUAUCAUGAUGUAGGGGACUCGUGGCUGACAGGAAAAUGUGCUGACUCAUGCACCUGUAAACCUGGAGGCAAGAUCACAUGUGUGGACCACACCUGUAAUUCAAACUCAAUUUGCGCUCUGGACAAAGAUGGAGAUCUCUACUGCAAACCCACAAAGUUUGACAGGUGCACUAUCUCAGGGGAUCCUCACUACCGAACAUUUGAUGCCUUCAGCCAUCACUUCCAGGGACCGUACACCUACAUCCUGGCUCAGGGACACAACCUCUUGUCCAAUCAGCCGAACCUGGUGAUCAGAGGAAAGAACAUCAGGCGAGGAGGGAACAGGAGGGUGUCAUUCCUGGAUCAGAUGUACACUGAUGUGUAUGGUGUCAAUGUCCGUUUCCUGCAGAGGAAGACUGCCUUGGUAAAUGGGGAGCGUGUUGCGCCGCCUCUUAGUCCAGUCGAUGGUUUGACCAUUACCAUGAACUCCAACUAUGUGCAACUCACCACUGAUUUUGGACUCACGGUUCGCUUUGAUGGCAAUAGUCGCGGAGAAAUCAUACUGCCCAGCACCUACAGGCACUCUGUCAGAGGGCUGUGUGGAAACUAUGAUGGCCUCACCAGAAAUGAGUAUAUGAAGCCAGAUGGGAAAUUGGUCAGGAGCCUGAACGAAUUUGGAGAAAGCUGGAGGGUCAAUGACCGACAGAGUGACGGCUUAAAGAUCUACGAUCUGCCAUUGUCAGUCCAUGCCCAUAGGCGAGAUGUGGAGACUGAUCCAGACUCAGGGUUUGAGACAUCAGACUGUUCUCAGUCUCAGCUCAAUGAUUACAACAGUGUGGCUCAGUGUGGAGCCCUAUCCAAUCCCGAGGGCCUGUUCACCGCCUGCCACACUGUCCUGCCACCCAAAACCUACCAGGAUGACUGUGUGUAUGACCUGUGUGCCGACGAAGGCAGCACAGAACUGCGUUGUGCCAGUUAUGAAGCAUAUGCUGCAGCCUGUCAGGAAGCUGGAGUCAAACUGGGAUCCUGGAGGCAGCAGCUGGACUGUAACCUGUCUUGUGGUGCCAACAGCACCUACUCCACCUGUAUGUCACCUUGCCCCGCCUCCUGUGCCAACCUGGCAGCGCCCUCUGAGUGUGAAGUCACCACCUGUAUAGAGGGUUGCCAGUGUGCUCCCAGCUUUGUCAUGAGUGAGAGAGUCUGCGUACCAUACUCACAGUGCGGCUGCACCUUCCUCAACAGAUAUUACCCUCUGGGGGAGAGGUUUGUGACGGAGGACUGUUCCCAGACCUGUGAAUGCACCACCACUGGCACCGUGUGCCAACCCAAGACCUGCCAGGGUGGUGAAGUGUGCACCAUCUCUGACUUCAAACGGGGCUGUUUCAGAGCGAGUCCCUGCCUCAAUAACCCAUGUCUGAACGAAGGGACAUGUUUAGAAGGCAGCAACAACACAUACAGCUGUCGGUGUGCAGAAGGCUAUGAGGGAACCCACUGUGAGACAGUGGAUCCCUGCCUCAGUAACCCGUGUCAGAAUGGAGGAACAUGUGUGAAGGGCAGCAACAGCACAUACAGCUGUCGGUGUGCAGAAGGCUUCGAGGGAACCAACUGUGAGACAGUGAAUCCCUGCCUCAGUAACCCGUGUCAGAAUGGAGGAACAUGUGUGAAGGGCAGCAACAGCACAUACAGCUGUCGGUGUGCAGAAGGCUUCGAGGGAACCAACUGUGAGACAGAGAAUGCGAGUCCCUGCCUCAGUGACCCGUGUCAGAACGGAGGAACAUGUGUAGAAGUCGGUGACAGCACAUACAGCUGUCAGUGUGCGGAAGGCUUCGAGGGAACCCACUGUGAGACAGAGAAGACUACGGAUGACGGAGGACUGGAAACCAAAUGGAUCAUCGUCAUCGCAGUUCUGGUCCCACUCGCAGUCAUCCUCAUCAUCAUCAUCACUAUUGCAUGUGUUUGUAAAUGCAAGGCCAAGUGAGUUUCAUCUGCAUCUGUGGAGCA